UAAGGUGUGCGUCCCAUCGUUUCUUCCGUCCGCGCUAACGUCACGCGCUUCAAAGUCACAGUUCACAGAAACGUUAGCUUGAGCUGCAAAACGUCAGUGACUUUGAUGAACCUCAGUUGCUUGCUGUUGUUGAGAUCGUUCAUUGUUUCUCCCCAAAAUUACAACGAAAACACACUUUCGUUUAUGGGACUUUGCUGUCCCCUGGUGGACUUAAGGGAUACUGCAGCAAAUCUUUAAAUUGUUUUAAAUAAUUUGUUACACGUCGUAGCAGGAUUCCGCAUCAAAAUCACAACCCAUUGUUAAAAUGUUUCAGAACAGGACAUCGAACAGAACCGUCGAUUAUUGUUUAUAUAAAGUUUUGCCCAAACGCAGUGGCGUUUGUCCCACACUGGCUUCCGUCCGCAGCUCGGCUUUUCAAAGUUCGGCGGGCUCGUUUGUUUUGGACUCCAGCGAUUUCUCGAUCGGGUGAGUGACUCCGCGGUCUGAACAAAAACUGGCGACUUCGGUGAAAAUCACGGAGUCUGUUCUUUGCGUCGCCACGUCGCGUCGCAGAGUGACGCUAAGCUGUUAGCUAAAGCUGCUAAUGCUACACCGACCAGCCGUGUGGUUCAUCGACGUCACGUGUGGCAGGAUCAGCUCGGUCUCAGGACGCGUCUUCGAUCAUUCUGCUCGACCGUCGGCCCCAGUUGCGCGACCGGCUCUGUGUUCCACGGGAGGAUGGAAACUCCAGAAAAGAAAAGCGGCGGGGGGUCAGUGAGGACCCCCGGAGCGGGGCGCGCGAGGGCCCCCGGCAGCAACGGGGGGACCCCCAUCACCAUCCCCGCGUCUCCCUUCAUGAAGAAGUUGGGCUGCGGCACUGGCGUGAGCGUCUACCUCAUGCACAGAGCCGGGGAGAUGAACGCCUCCCCCUGGGCAGUGAAGAAGAUCAACAGCCAGUGUCCGUCCAGGCAGCUGCAGGUCUACCAGAGGAGGCUGAGCGAGGAGGCCAAGCUGCUGCGAGGCCUCCAUCACCCCAACAUCGUGGGGUUUCGUGCCGUCGCCACCGCCAAGGACGGCUCCAAGUGUCUGGCCAUGGAGUACGGCGGCGAGCAGUCGCUCAACGACCUGAUCGAGAAGCGGAGGGAGGCGGGGCUGGGGCCCUUUCCUGCCGACAGGAUCGAGAGGGUGGCGCUGCACGUGGCGCGAGGCCUGCAGUAUCUCCACAACGAGAAGAGGCUGCUGCACGGAGACAUGAAGUCCUGCAACGUGGUGGUGGCCGGUGACUUCCAGACUGUGAAGCUCUGCGACGUGGGCGUGUCCCUGCUACUGGACGAGAACAUGCGGGUGUCGGACCCCGAGGCCGAGUACGUAGGCACGGAGCCCUGGAAGCCCAGGGAGGCUCUGGAGGACGGAGAGAUCAGCGACAAGGCCGACAUCUUUGCCUACGGCCUGACGCUGUGGGAGAUGAUGACGCUCAGCAUGCCUCACCUGGAGAUGCUGGGCGAGGAGGAGGAGGAUGAAGAAGAAGAGAGCUUCGACGAGGACGCCUACUAUGAGCGGCUGGGGACGCGGCCGCCGCUGGACGCCGAGCUGCUCGGCAGCACCUACCGCAGGAUGGUGGAGCUGUUCUACGUCUGCACGGAGGAAGACCCCGGGCGGAGGCCGGCGGCCGCCCAGGUGGUGCAGGCUCUGGAGGGCGGCGCCUCGCUGGACGACGAGGUCAUCGUGCUGGACUAGCAGCCGCCCAGCAGAGGGCGCACUGACAGGCUGGAGAACCGACGGGGCUGUCGCUGCACCACGAACCGAACCCGAGGUACGCCUGACCCGUCAGCUGUUCGGCUGCUUCCCGAGUGACAGUCAUGUGACCCUCCUCUUUGCUGCUGAGCCGCCACACGCCCUCCACUGGUCAAACACCGCCAAG